AUGGCUGCUGCGGCCCUGGAUAACGCCAACCCAACGAUUCUGAGCGCCUCUCAGCUCCCAACUCGGCAGAAGCGGUCCGCUCCGCGCAAUGGGCCUGACUGUAGAUAUUCGGACCUGAUCUUUGCUAAGCCGUCAUACAUGUCUCGGCCCUUCUUGCAAGACGACGACAUCCGUUAUCAGGAUGACACUGCUACGGCAGACGAUUUAUCGGCCGAACCCAUCGACGAGCAAGAGAUCUACGACCUCAUUUCUAGCAUAACGGAUCCGGAACAUCCCGUAUCGUUGGGUCAACUGUCCGUCAUCAAUCUCCCUGACAUUCACAUAACUCCCUCUCCAGCUCUCGGGGUGCCAAGUCCAAACACAAUUGUCCAAGUCACCGUCGAGCUUACUCCCACCGUCACCCACUGCUCUCUCGCUACCGUUCUUGGGCUUGGCGUGAGGGUCCGGCUGGAGCAGGUGUUGCCUCCGAAUUACCGCGUGGAAGUCAUCUGCAAGGAAAACAGCCACAGCCAAGAUGACCAAGUGAACAAACAGCUCAGCGACAAGGAGCGUGUCGCAGCGGCCUUGGAAAAUGACUCGUUGAGGAGUGUCCUGGACAAGAUGCUAGAGUCUUGCCUAGAGAAUUGAAUUGUUCAAUCUCGAAAGGAGAAAAACCGGCCGGUCAAGAUGUUUUUGUGCCCGCUUGGUUUAAAGCGUGUAUGCUAGUGCUCGCAUUUUGUGUCACCACGUGUCUCCAGGUCUCUUAGGCCUCGAACGGCCAAUCCAACAUUUCGUGAUAUUACGCCCAUGGGCAGCUUACGAGAAUGGGUUUUGUAGGUGUCACUAGGGUAUCCAUAACAGAUUGUUCGUGGAGUCAAAAUGAUCAGCAUCCGAGAGGCCAGAUGAGAAAGCUUUGACUACAGUGAGAGCUUUACUGGCAGCGCGACUGCAAGGA